AUUUUCUUUUCUAUUUUAUCAUUCUGGCCAUUGCUGCCUCCAUUAGCCCACUGCGAUACCUACCAAAUCUACUGCCAUACUCUUUUUGUUUAUGGGGGCAAGAAAGGAUGUUCUCAUUGAAGGACCUUGUCCUGAUCUAUUCUGCGGAUUAUGCCAGGAUCUAUUGGAUGAACCUAUCCAAGUGCGCUGCCCUGAAGACCACAUCUUUUGCAAACGAUGCAUAACAAAUUACAUUGAACAAAAUGAUGUUUGUCCUUUUUGCCAAACUACGAUUGACCCAACCCAAUUUCAACCUUCCAAGUUUGUAAUGCGACAGAUCGGCCGGCUACCUGUUUAUUGUGUUUACCGAAAUACAGGUUGUUCCUGGCAAGGAUUAUUUUAUGAAGACCACUCAAACCAGUGCGAACAUCAACCGGCAGAUUGUCCUAAUAAGGAGCAAGGGUGUGUAGACAUACUACGGACCAUGGAUCUUGAACAUCACAAAAGCCAAUGCACUUAUGAACUUAUUUCAUGUCCCAAUCAUAUGCCAGGAUGUACACCAUUUUUACGUAAGGAUAUAUUGAUCCACGAGAGACAAUGUAGAUCAUAUCCAUGUACGUAUGCGGCUGAAGGGUGCCCGUUUUUUGGCACUCUUCAGGAAAGGAUAGCACAUGAAGACACUUAUUGUGGAAAAUUGCAUUCGAGGCUCUUACAGUUGGAGCAAGAGUGUGAACAAUUAAAGAAACUUUUGUCAGAACAGCGUGUCAGUCAAAACACACUACUUCAAAGUGCACCCAGUAUGUUACAGUCUUCCGACGAACAAAUAAGGCCUGAAAGUAUUCAAAAUGACUCCACAAUGGCAGAUCUUGACCUUCUUCACCAAGUUCUUAAUAACGACGCUUUUCCUGCAAUGUCUUUUCUCAACAAUACAAAUUCUAGUACUACCAACAGCACCAAUAAUAACAACACCAACGACACCAACAACAACAUAAAUAAUAUUAAUAGUAUCAAAACCACUAAUAUAGACACCACUACACAUCCUAUACACACAAACGAGUUUAUGGACUUUAGUAUCUCUCUUCCUGGAUUCGCUUUUCCCACAAACCUUACAACAUCUCCACCAAUUCCAGCCCCAACACAACUAGCUGCGUCUUCUGCUCCAAAACGAUCUUCAAAUGGAAAACGUAUUCGCUACAGCAAAAACGUAAGACUUGCUCACAGUGCAUUGCGGAUAGCACGUCAACAGGGAACAUAUCAUGAAAACAAUCCAGACAACCUGCACACAGGUGACGCUAUUCUGCAAGGGCUCGAUAUUGCCGGAUCCGCUUCCGGUCAGCGUGUAGACAAGAGUUUACUUGCCACUCAAUCCAACGUCGAACUGAAGGAUUUACUCACGCAACAACAAGGCCAUUUACCCAACGUAUCAUCAGCACCUCUGUCAGGUCACCAAUUCCCUCUAUAUGAUCUUGAUGAAAUGGCAAAAUUUCUUUCUGAAAUGCCGAUGCCUGCCGAUUCAAACAUACCCAAGCCAUGUUUGGAAUCGGCUGUAGUAGAGAAGACAGUACCAAAUCCUUCUCAGCUGACUAAUGCAUCUACUGCAAAAAGUCGAAAAGAUGAUACGGGAAGCACGAGUGGAACAUCGACUACGACUCGUAAAAAAAAGGCAUCUGCCAAAGAUCGUAAAAAAGAAGAGCCCGAACAAUCUUUGCCACGUUCGCCACCAAAUCCUGGAUCUCCUAAUAAUCACGCCUCACCGCCUUCAACAGCGGCACCAAAACGAAGGCCAAUGUUCGUUCUUGCCUCAAGCUAUCUCACCAACUACAAAUAAUGCUCAUUUCAUUUCACUUCAUUUCACUCCAUUUCACUCCAUUUCACUUUACUUCACCCCACUCUACCAUGUUGUACAUACACUCUUUAUUAUUGUAUCGUUUUUUUUUCUCUCGUUUUCCUUACUUUUUAUUUCUUCAAUCAUACUCUUCAAUACAUACCAACUCAAUUUUCCAAUUC